CCAGCCUCCCGCUGUUCGACUGCCCGACCUGAAACUGAUUAUUGAUGAGAAGAAGUAUUACUUAUUUGGGAGAAACCCUGAUCUGUGUGACUUUACCAUUGACCACCAGUCUUGCUCUCGGGUCCACGCUGCCUUGGUCUACCACAAGCAUCUGAAGAGAGUUUUCCUAAUAGAUCUCAACAGUACACACGGCACUUUCUUGGGUCAUAUUCGGUUGGAACCUCACAAGCCUCAGCAAAUUCCCAUCGAUUCCACGGUGUCAUUUGGUGCGUCCACAAGGGCAUACACUCUACGUGAGAAGCCUCAGACAUUGCCAUCGGCCGUGAAAGGAGAUGAGAAGAUGGGUGGAGAGGAUGACGAACUCAAGGGCUUGCUGGGGCUUCCAGAGGAGGAGACUGAGCUUGAUAACCUGACAGAGUUCAACACUGCCCACAACAAGCGGAUUUCUACUCUUACCAUUGAGGAAGGGAAUCUGGAUAUUCAGAGGCCGAAGAGGAAGAGGAAGAACUCACGGGUGACUUUCAGUGAGGAUGAUGAGAUCAUCAACCCAGAGGAUGUGGAUCCCUCAGUUGGUCGCUUCCGGAAUAUGGUGCAAACUGCUGUGGUCCCAGUCAAGAAGAAGCGAAUGGAAGGCCCUGGCUCCCUGGGCCUGGAGGAAUCAGGGAGCAGGCGUCUGCAGAACUUUGCAUUCAGCGGAGGACUUUAUGGGGGCCUGCCCCCCACACACAGUGAAGCAGGCUCUCAGCCUCAUGGCAUCCACGGGACAGCACUCAUUGGUGGCUUGCCCAUGCCAUAUCCGAACCUCGCCCCUGAUGUGGACUUGACUCCCGUCGUGCCGUCAGCAGUGAACAUGAACCCUGCACCAAACCCUGCAGUCUAUAAUCCUGAAGCUGUAAAUGAACCCAAGAAGAAGAAAUAUGCAAAAGAGGCUUGGCCGGGCAAGAAGCCCACACCUUCCUUACUGAUUUGAUAUUUUUGGUGAUGGUGAAGGGUGGGGUUGGGUGGGAAUGGGGUGGAAGGGAGACGAGGGAGCUAAUGAACUAGGGAGAAAAACUUUCCGUGUGUGCAGUAUCGUCCUUCAGAAUGUCUCCUAACCAUGGGGUCCUAACCAUGUAAUACUAAAACUGGGGGUAGGGUUGAAAUAUCCCAUACAGACCUGUCUUCAGAACACUUUCGAUAUAGAAAAUGAUUCAUAUAUGACUUUUGAAUAGACUGCCCUGGCUCUUUCCCAGACCUUCCAUUACCUCCUUUUUCCUUUCUCCCGCUUUCUAGGAUCAUUUUUAUUUAAAGUCACAUAUCCCUGGGGAGAGGCUUCAGGCCCUCAGAUUGAAUCUGGAGCUGUGGGGGUUACAAUAGCAUCACCAGGCUUGUGGGUCCAGCAGCCUAAUUUACAUUUACUAUUCUUGCAAGUCCCAGGUAGUAAAAGAUUGCCACAGAUCUCAGGUUGAUCAAAAAGAGGGUUUAGAAUUCUUCAGUUAAGCUAACUCAAAAUGCUUUCCUGAAGUGAGUGGUUUUGAGGUCCAGUAGUUAGGCUUUUCUCUUUUGUCCUUUCUGUUGGAAUGAGAGCAUUUUGAUUUUUCUUUGUAACCAGUGCCAUAGACACAGGUUGAUAGUUUUAAACUUGUAGUAUUGUUUGAACUUUACCUGUUUUUCUUGUUAAACCCAAGCACUCCCAUUUGCUGAAGUUUCUCAUCUGAUUUCAGAGUACUGUCCUCUACUUUAAGGCAUUGCUUUCCUUUCCAAGUGUGUUAUGAAGGCAGUUUUUUUAAGGAUAUGACCAGUUAGGGCAAUUCAGAUUAAAAAGGAAAAGAUUUCACUUCGCAAGUAACUGAUGUCUCUAGGAGGACUGUUUUAGAUCAUGGUUUGGAGGCUCUUUUCCCCCCUCGAUGGAGAGCUCUCGUUAUUCAGAGCUCCAGGGCUAGACCUGGCUAACAAACAUAGGAGACAAAGGUAGGAAACAUUGAUAGGAGCUUUGUACAGAGAUUUGUACAUUUGUGUAAUAGGCCUUUUCACGCUUUAUGUGUAGCUUUUUACCUGUAACCUUUAUUACGUUGUAAAUUAAAUGUAACUUUUAUCAUUUAAGUGUAGUGUAGUCUGUGAUUCAUUCGCCAUCAGUUUCUACUGCUGUUAGGGAAUGUUUGUCAAAGGCACAGCCAUUGGCUUGGGAGGUGAUGCUGUGUCCCCAUUUUAUUACCACAAAUAAAGAUGGCCCCUGAUAAUGUGGAAAUUCUGAUUAGAGAUUUCAGUCCCCAGACUGAAGCCUCACAAAGCAAAGUGGGUUAAGUGCCUGCUGCCCUUCAGCAGGAAAGAGCACAGCAAACCUGACAAGGGGAGACUGCUCUUUGGGGAUUUGUCCUGGGUUGGGCACAGUUUAAGCCAGACUACCCACUCUCUGGUUCUCUUAUAGAUAGCCAAAUGCGUUUGACCCGUAGCUCAGGUGGCACAGUAGAAAAAGGAAGCUAAAUUGAGGAAGUUUCAGAGGGAUUUCAGAAAGGGUUUGGGUUAAAUGGAUGUAUCUUGUAUGCUGGCAUCUCAUACGCAGUAAGUGCACUUUUUGUGGGGUAAGACGUGGCUUUCUGAUGAAGAUGUCAUGUGGGUUCCAAAUCCCUUGGAUUAAGAUUGUGGACUUGUAGCAGGAGCAGCCUUCUAAAGGACAGAGAGCCAUUAAAUCAUAGCUGUACAAGAAGUUGACUUGUGAGCUGUUGUGAAAAUAAGUGUCCUCAUCUUAGAAAAUGAGGGUAAUAUCUUCCUUGCAUUGUGAAAAUUACUGUUAGUGGUGGCUGGUGGUCACUCUGAAA